CUGGGGAUCGGCGAGUGAAACGCGCUAAGAAUGUCUGCCGAGGUGAGGUGAAAUCCGUGGAUAUCAGAGGGUGCUUUUUUUCUAUUACACACGGGUUGGUGAGUGGGAGGGUGGAUAUAUAAGGCAGAGAAGAUCCGCUGUUAUAUCGGCACCACCCUGACGAUAAGAUCAUCCGCUCUACUUCUCUCACUGUCAUACUUCAUACAUUCACUCACAUACCCAUACCCAUCUUCACACAUCAACCAUGCGUUUCUCCACCAUCCUCCCCGCAGCCUCGCUGCUCGCCCUCUCCACAGCCGCCCCAGUUGACACUCUUGACACCCGCGCAGCGUGCACCUCCUACACCAUCAUCAACACCCGCGGCACCGGCGAGAUCCAAGGCGAAUCCUCCGGUUUCCGCACCAUGAACCGCAACAUCCAGUCCGCAGUCUCCGGCGGCAAAAUCUACAACACUGUCUACGCCGCCGGCUUCGAUCAGAACAGCGCGGCCGGCACAGCUGAUAUCGUCAACAAAGUCCAGUCUACACUACGCACAAAGCCCGAUGAGUGCUUCAUUCUCGAGGGAUACAGUCAGGGUGCUCAGGCGACAGUGAAUGCCAUGUCUCAGUUGACUGGCGCGAACUUCGAUGCUGUAAAGGGUGUUUUCCUUAUCGGUGACCCGGCGCACAAAUCUGGACUGUCAUGCAACGUUGACAACAACGGCGGUACUACGACGAAGAACGUCAAUGGUUUGUCAGCAGCGCUGAGCAGGGGUAUUCCGGAGAACUGGCAGGGCAAGACACUGGAUGUGUGCAUCUUUGGCGAUGGUGUAUGCGAUACUACACACGGUGCUGGUAUCAACGCUCAGCACUUGCAGUACCCCGGUGAUGCUCCUACGCAGAAGUUGGGCGCGUCGUUUGUUACUAAGCAGCUCGGUGCUUAGAUGAGAAGGUUGAAGAGAAGUCAAUGCUUGUGGGCGCAGUAUAUUUCGGCUUUGUUCUGUUCUCAUCCAGACAAGUGCUUCUGGACGAGUGUGAAUUUCAUGUAUAUAUAUCUAUGAGAACGAAUUGGUAACAGAUACGCUUCAUGACUUGUCAGUGCAG